AUGGAGAAGACCGAAAACACCGAAACUUUCAUCAGUAACAUAAAUGACGCUAAUAGCUCAGACUAUUUGACCGUGCCAAAAGAAGUAUCCAACUGGAGAAUUUACCUCUACUGUAUGGGCAUCUGUCUUGGAGCCGUUGCUCUGGGCUACGAUGUCUCCGUUAUGGGAGGAACCUUGGUUCUUCCUUCUUUCGAGCGCGACUUCGGUCUCAAUGGCAAAACACAACAUCAGUUGGACGAUCUAACAUCUAACAUUGUUUCUUGUUUCCAGGGUGGCAUGUUCCUUGGUGCUCUGGCUUCGUACCCCAUCUCAGAUUUCUGGGGUCGCAAAUGGUGUAUCACUAUUGCCACGAUCAUAUUUCUUGCUGGAGCUUCAGUUCAGACGGGCUCUCGAGGUAUUGUAGGUCUCGUCAUGGCCGGCAGAUGGAUUGCUGGUCUAGGCAUAGGAGCUUCAGCUCCCGUCAUCCCAGUAUAUAUCGCUGAAGUUGCGCCACCUACCAUUCGAGGCAAACUUGUGGGAUUCUAUGAGAUUGGCUCCCAAGGCGCACAGAUGCUAGGCUUUUGGGUCAACUAUGCUGUUAACAGAACUCUCAGCCCCGGUACAAGCACCCAGUGGAUGAUUCCUCUUGGACUUCAACUUCUGCCUGGUGCAAUCCUCCUGGCAGUACUUCCGUUCUGCCCAGAGUCGCCUCGCUGGCUAUGUGGGAAGGACAGGUGGGAUCAGGCUGAGCGAAUUCUUACCGACAUCCGACAACCACCAAUCGGCCAUCCUUAUGUGACUCGUGAAUUGCGUGAGAUUCGACUCGCAGUGGAAUUUGAGACACACUUAGCUGCAAGGCAUCCUGGACUCAAGGGAAAGCUCAAGGACCUCGCAAAGAAGGGAAUUCGCAACCGCCUAGCCAUCGGCCUCUGCUUGAUGAUUUAA